ACACGUACCAUGUAUCAUGUACCAUCAUCAGCAUCAUCACUUGGGCUGCAGGCCAACAUGUCGAAUUCUAGAAACUUCCGUGACUGGCCAGAUGGUGUUCCUGCACGUCUAGCCGUUAGUUACUCCACAUGCAGCCCAGCAUGUCUUAUGCAUCUAAUCCUCAGCCCAGGCCUGUCAGUCAGUCAAAAAAGUCUCCAGAUGUCAAGAAUCGUUGGAUUGAUUGGCCCACUAACGCCUUGCUUCUUCGUUGGACAGCAGGCAUAUAUAACUAACAAUGCAUUUUCACCAAAGUGAACAUCCCGAGGAAACUCCCAAAUUCAAGUCCAUGGCCAUCCAUAUCUCCCCCUGCCCCACCUCCUCGUACUGCGUAUAAAACACGCCGCAAGCAUGCAAAAUCAAAACACCUCCCAUUAUCUGUG